ACUUCCGUAAACACAAGGCAUCUGCAAUGUGGAAAUUGUUUGCCCGUUGUCUUUUGUUAGUGUCGUAUUUCCACCAUUUAUGCGUCCUGAAUGUUCACGAUGUCUCAUCCUGGAUUCUCCUGUACGACCUCUCCUGACAUAGAAAACCCCUGUGUUAAAGAAGAUGGUGGAGAUGACUCUGCUGACAGAGACGCUAAAGUUGAAAACAGAGACUCCAGCAGUCCAGUUAGUGAGAGGGAGCGUGUGUUAAAGCAGGUAGGAUUCACCAGCACCACCUUCAUUGGUCCAGCAUUUCCUCCACCAUCAACAACAGUCCAGUCUGACAUUGAAGACUCACUGAGUGAGUUUUACAAAGAGCUUGAGAAAAUCGAUACACCUGAUGGUGCUAAUGAUAUCCCAGUGAAACAAAAUGCAUCUUUUGUUCAACCAUCUAUACCUCCUGAAACAUCUACCAGCAGAGACACUCAGGGGAUAAGCGAGGAGAAAAGUGAUAACAAAUCUGCAGGCUACCAAAAAAACAGGCCGAAACAGCCGCCACGGUCACACUGGUAUCAGAAUGAGCCAUAUUGCACCAGGAGACCGAGGCUGGCUGCUCCUACUCAAGAUGAAAGACAUCAUCCUCAAACUCUAAACAGAACAACAAAUCCAAGAUUUCACAGACCCCCAUUCUGUGGUCCACCACUUCCUGCAUCCCCAAAUCCACAAAACCCACUGUCCUGCAUGGAGCAAAACUGGAGCUGUUCAGGCAUCUCUUACCGGUAUCAAGAGGAGUCGCACUUUCCAACAUUUUCUAGCUUCCCACCUCCGAAUGUAUGCAGUCCCCCCUCUCAGGGCUUUUAUGGAGAUUCUCCUCACCACUUCGACAGGGACGAACGAGGCUGUAGCUCCGAUGUCUACUCCGAUAAUAAAAAUGUUGGAUGGUCCAGAGGUGGAAGAGAAAAAUGGUGUCAGUUUGAUGAAGAUAAUGACAGACUCCAGAGGUAUGAAAGUGAAUCUUGGGAGCAUCACAGCCGACCUGCGGAUAACACUUAUGCACACCAUCCUUCCUUGGUGCUGAUCUUGAUGAGGGGACUACCGGGAUCUGGGAAAUCAACACUGGCCAGGGAGCUGCUCUCAACUGGUCCCAGUGGGCUCAUACUGAGCACAGAUGACUACUUUGCCCACAGAGAUGGCUACCGCUAUGACGCAGGGCUUCUUGGAGCGGCUCGAUGGAACCAGAACAGAGCAAAAGAUGCUAUGCAUGAUGGCCGCUCUCCCAUCAUUAUAGACAAUACAAACAUCCAAUCUUGGGAAAUGAAGCCAUAUGUCCAAAUGGCCUUGGAGAGAGGAUACAAAGUGGACUUUUGUGAACCCGACACCAGCUGGAAGUUUGAUCCAUAUGAGCUGGAGAAGAGGAACAAACACAGUGUUUCACAGGAGAAGAUAGCACAGAUGAUGGAUCGUUUUUCAUUUCCAAUAUCUGUGGACAUCGUCAUGAACUCACAAGAACCGCUUCAUGUGAACCAGAGACGUCGACCAGAGCAGCAACAGAUGAUGAGGAAGAACCAAGGUUUCCAUUACAUGGUUUCCAGAUGAAAAACACAACAUCUUGAAUAUUCAUAGCUGCUGUUUCUACUUGAUUUUUAAUACAUGAUUUUGUGUCUGUAAAUUUAUGUAAAGAAAGAAGAAAUCUAUUUUUCUCUGAAGAAGUUUUCAUAGUUAAAU